AUGCCUGCCGAUGUCGAUCUGCUCUUGCAGAAAAUUAAUAGUUGGUUAAAGGAAGCCUUGAUUAUUCAUGCAGGUGUGCAAGUCGAGUGGAAACAAAGAAAUUUCACAGGAAGUGAUCGUUUAGAUAGAGAACGUACUCAAAAAACUGAAUACACAUUUGAGCAAUUACGUAUAAUGAAAUUGCAUGUGACUAUGACCCAUGAAUUGAAAUACAGGUAUAGUUGCCCUCAAUCUUGGCUUUUUUGUCCUAAUGCAACUAAAAAAAGACUUCAUACUAAAGGAAGGAUGGGGUUGACACCCUUAGUUUUUAUGCGUUACCGAUAUCUUCGAUCAGGACCAGUAAAUGUAAUAGCAAUGGAUUGGGAGGCUUUAAGUUCUGGUCCUUGUUAUAUAGCAGCGGUGUCAAAUUCGCGGCCCGCGGGCGUUUGUGUAGCUCAACUUGUAUCGCGAUUGAGGGAUGCAGGUGCUACAAAUAUUCAUAUUAUUGGAUUCAGCUUGGGUGCACAUGUGCCCAAUUUUGCUGCUGUGAAAUUGAGGCCUUAUAAGUUGUCCAGAAUUACAGGUUUAGAUCCAGCCAUGCCCUUAUUUGCUUUCUCGUCUUUGGAUGGUAAACUAGAUCCAACAGAUGCAGAAUUUGUCGACGUUUUUCACACCAAUGCUCUUAUUCAAGGAAAAAUGGAACGCUGUGGCCACGCAGAUUUUUAUUUCAACGGUGGUGUUGCCCAACCCGGUUGUGGCGUAGACGUAGGUUGUAGUCAUCAUAGAGCAGCUGAUUAUUUUGCUGAAUCCAUAAAAGGCGACGGCGCCUCUCCCGUGGGUUUCUGGUCGUGGCCGUGUCCGAGCUUCACGCAUUACAUUUUUGGUCUCUGCCUUCGAACACAAGACGGUUCAAGGUUGGCUGGCGAGCAUUGUUCGCGUGACACUAGGGGAAUGUUCUUGGUGGAGACAAGGAGCAAGCCGCCCUACGCCAAAGGCAUUAUAAUAGACCCCGAAGAAGAGAGGUCGAUAAGUCCGCGUUGCUGGGGGCCUUCCUGUCUAAACAGAAUUCCGACUACGGCCCAGCCCGUAUAUCGCACUUCGACUUUCCACGUUAGUCAUUCUAGCCUAAACAACGAUAUCAGCCCAGAGAUAACAACGAAGCAUUCGACUAGAAAAAUAACGCCAGGACGAAAAACAACAAUGCCCAAGACAACGGCUCAUCCGAACACUUUGGGUAUUAUCAGAGUGGAAAUGAUAGAAUAA